GGUAAAAUGCGCUUGCUUUCCUUCGAAAGGCCCACCCACCACAUCGGAUAAAGGAGAAAAGGGUAUAUAGACAGACUGACAGUGAGAGGACGAUGGCUGGCACGGCGGUGACGCAAGCGCCGCUGCCCGGGUUAGUCCCGUCCGGCGGUGGGGACUGCGGCGUCGGGGCCCUGAACAACGACUUAAAUCCGUCGGAGUUGAACGAUUUCCGCAUUUCAGUAUCAAUCGAUCGUUUAAACCUUCAUGUGCGCGGCCAGCGUCAGAACGACGAGGCCCAGGAGUUCUUCAACCUCUGUCUUUCACUGGCUAGAGGUAUCGAUGUAGCCAUUGCUCAUCAUGAGUUGCCAAGUAGAGCUCAAGAGUUGCCUUCACUAGCAAAGCAGGUGUGCCAGUGUAAAAAUAGUACUUUCACUGGAGCUAUUAUGGUUUUCAUGAUAUCUGUUAAGAGUGCUUGUCAAAGAGGAUGGUUUCCAGAUAAAGAUUCAGAAGAGCUCCAAAAUCUAGCAAAACAGAUGGCGGACAAUUUUGGUAGUGCGUCAACUCUAUCCUCAGAGCCAAGCUGUUCCCAUUCUGUUAUCUCAACUGUCAUGUCAAGGUUCUACCCAAAAUUGAAAAUGGGUCAUGUGUUUGUUUCUCUAGAAGUCAAGCCAGGAUUUGAGGCUUAUCUGUCUGACUUCCAAAUUCCAAAGAAUUUAAAAAAGACUUCUCCAGGUGACAAAAUAAUGUUAUUUGUUGUGCAAACCGAUAAUAUUGAGACAUCAUCGUGCCUCGUGAGUCCAGCUAAAGUAAACUUUUUCCUGAAUGGGAAGGGAGUGGAGAGGAGGACUUGUCUUUUCGUGGAUAAUGGACCACAGAUUCCAACUGCAGUAACAAAACUGCUGAAAUAUGGGCCAAAUCUGUUUCAGGCAGUGGGUGACUUUACUGGAAACUAUAUUAUAGGAGUUGCUAUCAUGAGUGAGCAGCCAAAUCCUGAUAGUAGUGUCCUUCAAGAUUAUGAGCAGCAGGCUUCACCUACUGUAGAUUCAGAUUCUGAAAUAGUUGAGGGCCCAUCACGGAUAUCACUAAAUUGCCCAAUCAGCUUCACACGGAUUAAAACUCCUGUCAAAGGACAUUCCUGCAAGCAUAUGCAGGUCUUGAAAGAGGCUGAGUCAGACGUCUCACACAUAACCAUAUCCCCUGAUGGAUCAUGGGAUCCUGUCAUGAACAGCGAGGAUGCCGCGCAGAAGCCUGAGGAUACGAACUUGGACACAAUGGAAUUCCAACCCACGCACUCCAUUAAUGCAGUGGAUCUCACUCAGACAGAUGACUAUAUGGACUGUAUUGCCACUAAUGAAACUGAAGACACGAAACCCUCCCUAAAUGCCGCUCAAAAUCAGUCCAUUGCCCCCCCAGCCAUCUUGAUUGAAUCUCAUACUGCAAACACGAGUAAUGUCAACGAGAGAAAUGAUUCUCAAGCAGGUGACACCUUUUGGACCGAUGUUUUCUUGUCCACCUUGGACCAGCAGAACAUCCCAUCAAAUAUACAGAACGGCAGCCAGUUUCCCAACUCCAAUCCCGUUUUAACUACGAGUGCGCAAGUUACUAAUUUCAGCGAUAACAAUUCUGCCCUUUUUACCACUUCCAUGCCGCAAGUGGGACCCACCACGCCGAGGGAAAUGCCGUUGCAGCAGUAUCAAUUUGGGAACUCAAAUUUCACAGCCGAGUAUGGUAGGAUGCCUUGGUUGCCGAGGAAUGUGACGAGAGUGCCGACAGCUGUCCAGGCCCUGCCCGCUCAAGUGUUGAGUUCUGUUCGUCAGCAAAGGUCUGCACGAACAUUGGUAUUCGCCAGCUCAUCUCCCGUUGGAAGUCCACAUCAGGUGUCCUCACCAAUGUUGCGUGCACAGGAAAAUCGAACGUUUACCCAACAGCAGAUGGGCCACCCGGUCACAAAUCAAAUGGCAAACCUCAGGAUUCCCCAAACGAGCAGAAGCCAAUCUGCUGCUACAAAUUUCUUACAGCAACAACAGUCUCCAGUGGUAACUGUACCCUCGUACUCCGUAAACCCUAAUCAUCUGCGGGUUGCCCCAGUGGCAGACAUUGGUAGCAAUUAUGCGGCCACAUCAUCCCCACCAUUGGUUUCGACCGAAGGCUAUAAUGAGAGCUGGGAGCCCCCUGUUGGCAGGAUGCGUGGGGCCCUCACUGGGCAGGCGUAUACCGAAGCUUAUAACAGGUUCAUCAAUCAGAAUCAAACUAAUCGAGUAAAUCGUCCUUCUGGAAUGCGCUGAGAUAGGAUGGGGUAGCUACAGCUUUUUUGACUUGUCUGACUAUAGAAAUGUAGAGUCUUUUUCGGUGAAUCAAUCUUUUUGUACAUCAACAAGUUGGUAUGCUGCCUGUUUUUGAGCUUGCAAUUUAACUUGUCCCACUCGUUUUAUGGUCUUGGUGUUAGUUUUUGGAACAUUAAACAGAAAUGCCUCUGUAAAUAUUGGCAGUGUAGAAACGAUGCAGGUGUAGCCUCUGUUGACAGUGCUGCAGGUCUUUCUUGGGAUUCUUGUCGGCCGUGUUAUUAGAUAUCGGAAUUGAGUCAUUUCUCAUGAGCUAUGUUGAUUAAUCCAACGAGGACUAACCGGAUCCCGGACAUUUAGUGGUUCUCUUAUUGUAGCUUAGCUGGGAAAUUUUGAAAAUUUGCC